GGCUGUUUUCAAAUUAAAUUCACAACAGAGACAGGGUAUGAGAACAAAAAUGCCUAUAUCUGGUUUCUGGGUUCUAUGUUUUAUACAUGUAUUUGCGAGAUAUAUCUCUUGUGACCAGGUGGAAGAAACUUUGCUGCAUGAAAUUCGCAUUGUAAAAUCCGUAAAUAAAAAACUUAUUAAAGAAAUGAUGGACUUAAAGGACAAGUUAGAACAUUUGCAGAAGAGAGUUGAAUCACAGGAAAAGAAAAUAUCUAUUUUUGACAAAACAUGCACUAGCAGCUCCAAAGAAAGGACCAAAUUGAAAAACAACUAUAACUUUGAUAACAAAAAGACAAUGCAAACUAAAGCAAUUCUUGGAAAUAUGUCAACGGAAAUGUUUUUGAUGAAAACUCAAUCAAAGAAUCAUGACAAUGAGAGAAUCCGGAGAGAAAUACUUCAUCCAGAGAAAAGAAUUAUUCCAGCUCCAGACACUACAAGCAAGCUUGCCUUCUAUGCUUACAUGAGUGCACCUGAACUCAAUCCUGGCCCCCAUCAUACGAUCAUAUUUGAUACUGUGAUAACAAAUGUUGGAUCCGCCUACAAUCAUCAUACUGGGAUAUUCACUGUGCCCGUCGAUGGUAUAUAUAUUUUUUCAUGGACACUGCUAAACGAAGGUCAGGGUUAUAUAUCAACUCAAAUUGUUAUAAAUUCAUCCGUAUACGGUGCAUUGUGGACAAGUAGCCAGGAUGUAAACGCACGUCACAUGAAUUCAUAUACAAUUGUCGUACAUUGUAAUACCAAUGAUUCUGUCUACAUCCGCACACAUAGCAACUAUACCACAAAAAGAGAUAUCAACAGUAAUGUUUAUGGACGAUCGUCGUUUAGUGGUUGGAAACUGUAAAAAGAAAAAAGAGUAAAUUCCACGUAUCUUUGAAA